AUGGCUAAGUUAUUGCUUGUGAUUUAUGUUAAUCUCAUCCUCGCUUUUGCACUUACAACGUGCCAUGCUACUAACUACGUGGUCGGUGACACUUCCGGCUGGGACAUUAGUUCCGAUCUUGAUACAUGGGCUGCCGGAAAAACAUUCACCGUUGGUGACACUCUUGUUUUUCAGUACUCAUCGAACUCGGAUUUGUGCGAACUAAGCCGGGAUGAUUUUGAGAGAUGCAACACUAGCAACCCAAUAAAGACAUAUUCAAAUGGGAAUACUACUGUUACAUUGACAAGGCCUGGCGAAUGGUACUUUUCUGAUGCCAACAGGUUAUAUUGCUUAGGAGGCAUGAAGCUUCAAGUUAAUGUGGAAGAUAAUCAGACGGCGGCUUCACCAGCCGGUGCGCCUCAAGCACCGCCCGGGACAAGGACUGUUCCGCCGAGUUCUUCCAAGAACAACAAUCCUUCCUCCGUUGUUCCUACUUCGACUGGGUCUGUCCUUCAUGAGAGGGAGUCUGCAGUGAUGGCUUUUCUAAUUGGUUUUUCUGUGGCUACCAUAUCCAUUGUAUUUCAUAUUUGAAUAAUUAUGUGUAAUUACAAUUUUUUUGGUUUGUUAUUAUUGUAACAACUGAUAUUUUUAUUGAAUAACUCGCAAUUAAUUUAUGCUUACCAAGUGGUUAUGCAAUGGGAAAAAACCAAAAUACUA